AGAAUUUAAGAUAAAAUGUAAUAAAUAAAAUAUUUUUUAUAUGGAUAGUGAAUAAUUGACUUUGGUACGUGCGAUGGAAUUAGGAGUAAUUUGUAAAAUUCGUACAAGAGAUAAGAGCUUUUAUAAUUGAACUAAGCCCAUUUCUUGCACUCUACUCCAACACCAUGUAAUUGGAAUCUAGAGCUCAAUGUCAAAAAGGGAAAAAAAAAAAAAUGAAAAUCACAUCAUAAAUAAAGCAAAAAAUUUCAUAUUCUUGUGUACUUUGAAAAAAAAAAUCUUAUUCUCUAUGUCUCCUCUCUAAUUCAUUCUCUAUCCAUAGGAAUUUUCAUGUACAUUCUUUAACCCACCCCACAUAAAUUUGACAUUACCAUAAAAAUUCUUUAAUUUUAGAUACCUAUUAGCUUCAAUCUCAAGCUCAAUAAUUCUACCCAAUUUUACAAGUCAUCCCAUUAUUACUAUUACUUCAUAAUAAUAUCUUAAAUUACCUACUACUAGUAUAAAUAUAUUUGCUAACUUGUAAGAUGUGUAUAUUUCUAGAGCUAAUAUAACAAAUUAAUCUUAACCUAAGGUAUGAAAUACAAUGAGAUUUCUCAUUAUAGUCACCCAAAACACAAGCUCAAACUUGAGUACACAGAAAUUCCCUUUAAGUGUGAUGGUUGUAAGGAAAUAGGCAUAGGAUCUUGUUAUAAGUGCAAUAUAUGUGAAUAUGAUCUUCAUAUGCAUUGUGCUAUUCCUACCCCGGUAAUCUACCACCCCUUUUAUCCUAAAUGCUCCUUCAUCUUCGUGUCGAGGCCACCAGGGAACGUGCCUCGAUAUUGCAAUGCUUGUGAGAGAGGUAUUUCGGGUUUUUCGUAUCAUUGUAAGUCUUGUGGUUUUGAUCUUCAUCCUUGUUGUGCCAAGCUUCCUACCGCGAUAGAUGAUGGAGAGAUCAACUUGUACCUCUAUAGGAAGGUUAGUGCUUCAUGUCAAAGGUGUGGGAAAAAAGGACGAAGUUGGAGCUACCGAUCAUCAGAUAAAAAAUACAAUCUACACGUAGCUUGUGUCAAGGACAUGCUGAUUGAGAGCUGGCAAGACUUGUACAAUGGGCGCGGCCUAGGUAGUACGAUUGCUCGUGGUGGUGGGACGAGCAUACGGGAUGUUCCGGGCCUGAAAAGGGCCCUGCUACAAACGCAUAGUCAUAGGUAUACUAACACUAAGAGUAAGGGAUCAAAGGUACAAAAAUGUUGUGAAAUGGCUGGAAUGACAUUGCAGUUCGUUAUCUCAGCUGUUCUUGGGGAUCCCACUUCUCUUAUUGCUGGGGUCAUAGGCUCCAUGAUGUCUAGGUAACAAUAGUACUAGCCAUACUCCUUUGUCUUAGUACACUUAAAUUUGUAACAAGUGUGACAUUAACGAGUAAAAUAAGUGAUCGUCUGAUUGACAAGAUUGUACAGUUUGAACCUCCAAGAAAAUAGAUACACCAUACACUUAUAGAUGCUUUUUAAGUGGUGAUAUCAGACCAAAAGCGCUUGUAUAAUAAAUUCAUUUCUCACUAAUAAUCAAACGACCAAUAAUUAUAUUAA